CAAUAUCUUACGUGCAACUUAUCACACGAUAAACGUCGCGAGAAAUUCAUCAGAAAAUGGCCCAGAAAAAAACAAAUUUUGUUGGGAUUCCAAGAGAUAUUGAUUCUGACGAUGAUGGAGAUGAUGACGAAGUUGGAAAGACGGAAUUGCGAAGAAUUGGAAAAACACCUUCCCAACGAUUAUGGCACUUUUCUGGCCCAGCUCACAUGCCAAGCCUUCACAAACCCCAUGCAGUGAUCGUAAUGGUUGGGUUGCCUGCUAGAGGGAAGACAUAUAUCGCCAAGAAACUUUCCAGAUACCUGAAUUGGAUUGGUAUCAAUACUAAAGUGUUCAAUGUCGGUGAGUACAGGCGAAAGGCUGUGGGAGGAAAGAGUCCUCACGACUUCUUUAGGCCAGAUAAUGAAGAAGCGCAACAAGUAAGAUUGCAAUGUGCCAAAGAAGCCCUGGAAGAUAUGGCAAACUGGUUAGAGGAGGAUGGGGAAGUAGCGGUAUUUGAUGCAACCAAUACUACACGGGACAGAAGAAAAAUCAUCCUUGAUUUCUUAGGAGAGAGGCAGAUCAAGUGUUUCUUUGUGGAAUCGGUUUGUGAUGAUCCCGAGACUAUACAGUCAAACAUCAGGGAGGUGAAACUGAAUAGUCCUGACUACUAUGACAUCAACAAAGAGAAAGCAAUCAAAGACUUCUUACAGAGAAUAGAACACUAUAAGGAGACGUAUCAAUCGCUCUCAGAUGACCAUGAUAGAAAUUUGUCCUACAUCAAGAUCAUCAAUGUUGGGGAUCGUUUUCUUGUAAACAAAGUCAGUGGUCAUAUUCAAAGCAGGGUAGUCUACUAUCUCAUGAAUAUUCAUAUCAUCCCAAGAACCAUCUACCUGACAAGGCAUGGUGAGAGCAAGCACAAUCAGAAGGGUCGGAUCGGUGGCGAUGCCAACCUAUCUGAGAGGGGAUGGGCGUAUUCUAAGGCUCUAGGAGAAUACAUGUCAUCACAGAACCUUCAGGAUCUCAAGGUCUGGACCAGUCGUCUCAAGAGGACCGUCCAGACGGCAUCCAGCAUUGACGUCGCCAUUGAGCAGUGGAAGAGCUUAGAUGAACUCGAUGCUGGUGUUUGUGAUGGCCUGACAUAUGAAGAGAUCCAGGCAAGACAUCCAGAAGAGUUUGCUUUGAGAGAUCAAGACAAGUUCCAUUAUAGGUACCCAAUGGGAGAGUCAUACCAAGAUCUUGUAGCCAGGCUAGAGCCAGUUAUCAUGGAGUUGGAGAGACAGAAGAAUGUACUAGUAAUCUGUCAUCAAGGAGUCAUGAGAUGUCUUCUAGCAUACUUCCUUGACAAAAACUCAGAGGAACUUCCAUACCUGAAGUGUCCACUGCACACAGUCAUAAAACUCACUCCUGUGGCAUAUGGUUGUCGGGUAGAAACUGUGACGUUAAACAUCCCAGCAGUAGAUACGCACAGACCUAAACCUGAAAAUAUCUUACCCAUUCCAAAGGCGGUUCCAGAAAAUCAGUGACCCACGAGGCUUCCUCAAAUAGGCAACAGGAGAUCAAAACUACCUUUAUAAAGGGGUUAGGUUUCACCCUCUCAGCUAGUUCUUCCUGGGUCUUGUGACAAUACAGCAACAUCCUUCAUCCUCCUUGUUCGUGAUGCUCCUAAGAACAUGUAUAGACUUUAAAAUUUGACUCCAGCCAAAAGAUUGAAAAUGACAAACAAAUUCCCUCGAAAUUUCCAAGUAACUUUAUUUGGCCAAAUUAAUGAGACCCUGUAAGGCCUCGAUGUGAAAGAAGGUUAAGAUAUGGCCAAUGAUUUAUCAUUUAUAAAAAGGGUCACUUAAAAUGUUUUUCUCAUCGGUAUGGAGAUAUGUGAAAAUUUUCUUUGUUCUCUCUCUUCUUGACAUUCAAUCCCAUCAUGCUGCAUCACCUACUAUGGCAUAUACAACAAAAAUUUUAGCAUUGCAAGUGAAACAGAACAAGUAAACAAGUGAAAUUUCAUGAUUGUGAUUAAAGAAUACUUUCAUGUAACAAAAAAAAUGUAUUUGAAAAGUAAUUUUGUCUAUUGAUAUUUUUAUAUGAGAAUCAAUUUUUGAGGGAAACUAAACCCCAAGGAGCUCUAGUGAACAACUGAUUUUCCAUAGACCAUACAAUAAACAUUUCCUUUCCUAAGCAAAUAUUGUUAUAUGAAUGUUAUUUAGAUUAGAAGAAAAUAAUUAAUGUCUAUUGGGUAUAUAUUAUUAGACUAUAUGAUCAAAAUGUUGCACUAUGUGUAAAGGAUCCAGGGACUAUAUGAGUAGUUCAGGUCUUGGGCUGUGGCUUUAAGAUAUGACUGAUCCAUUCCAGCUUUAAGAAAUUAUAGACCAAUCCUAUUUCAGAAAAUUGAUUUUAACUGUUAAGCUAACCAUCCCUGACCUCAAAAUUCCAUCAGUCUUGUAAAUUAUAAGUUGGGAACUAUCUUAGUGCUCUUUUGAAAUGUCUCUCUAUUUUUUCAGAUUAAUUUUCAUAACCUAUGUGAACAACCUUUUUCUAAUAAUAUGUAGAAAUGAUGAUGAUAAGUGCAAUGAAUUGAGGCUGUAUUUGUGUUUUGAUGUGUGCACUCAGGGUUCACAAUAUUCUCCCUAAUUGAACUCAAGAUUUCACACUGACUAGAUAUUUUCUUUUGUAAUCCUCUUGAUU